GCAAAAGCGGUGUUUGGUUUCGCCGUCCCCUCUGAACCUGACAUCUCGUUGGCUUAGCUUAGCUUAGCUGCCGCUGCUCACCGGCAAUGAUACAGCAAACAAGAACUCGAUAGCACACACGAGUUGUACAUGAGUCCGCUUUUUGACAACCAAAAUACUGUCGUCAUUUAGACAGCAUUGUCAGUUGUUGGUGGAGUGUCAAAAUCGCCAAGUUUUUUUUUCCAGGGAGGAAGAGGAGGACGUCCGCGAGAGAAAUGGACUCGGUGACCGAUUUCAUGCGACAUAGGUUGGAUAGCUCGAAAGCGUCGUAGACCACCUGACUGCAGCCCAACUAUUUACGGCUAAAUCUUCGUGCUUUCUUUUGGCUCUGUCUGUGUGAUGUAAAACGCGUUAAGGUCCGAUAACUGUGUAUAGUGAAGGUAAUCGUUCCUGCUUGACCUAACGGGGUUUUAAGGCUAACCAGUGGCUAAUAAAUUAUAUCAGUUAUUCGAAUCCGUGCUUUGUGAGGAGGGUUAUUUUGUGUAGUAGCUUCUGAGUUUGUACAUCGUGACUUUUACCAAUGGGGUUUGAGCAUCACAAUCGAGCAAGCACGAUAGCCGUGCGUUAGCUACCAGUUUAGAGUCAAAAGUCCACCGGCCGAUUUUUAAGGAUCCCCAAAACUUGAACCCUCCCGGUGGCAGGGAUGCACCAUCAGGACUUUUGCGGAGACCCACCCAGUGCGGGAAGCCGAAAAACUGUGUUACAUUACCGCAGGGGCAGUGGUGGCGGGGCACCUGCUUCCUCCGCUGGUUCUGGAGUUAAUGCACUUGAAGACAGCCCGGCCCCUGCUGGAGCCUCCUCUCUGGGACCCCAUCAACAGCCCGGAUCCCAAGUUCCUGGAUCUCAGGUCAAGAAGAAGAGUGGCUUCCAAAUAACAAGUGUCACAUCUGCUCAGAUCAACGUAAGUGGCAGUAACAGUUUGGCUGAUGACACUGAGAGCUAUGACGACCUGGACGAGUCCCACACCGAGGACCUCUCCUCCUCUGAGAUGCUGGAUGCGUCAGUGUCCCGAGCCACAGACACUGGCGUACCGGAGAGAAGUUCAUCGGAUGAGACAUUAAACAGUCUUCAUGGGGUUGACACGCCUGGCCUUGUGUCACCCAAUGAGCUUCCGUAUCCACAUUCCAGCCAGGGAACCCAGAAGCAUACCACAAUGGUAAAUGGGACAGUCCACCAUCAUUAUUAUCCGCAGCAGCACAGCGUAUCCCAUCAUCAGCACUCUGACAAUUUGGGAGGAGGUGAAUCGUCAUCAUCAGCCCUUCCCCAAACAGCUAGCCAGCCACUUUCCAAAACAGGAGCUAACCAAUCCCAGAGACCACCAUUGUUGGAUAGCUCCAAACCCAUAGCAGGAACAGCACAAACAUCAGCCCCUAUUGUUGCUCGGACAGCUGGUGAAGCACCUCUACAGGGCACUGUACAUUUUCAGAGUGUCUCUUCUGUCAUUCCACUUCCCCCAUCUGGCCAGCCAGCUUUUGACAACACUGGCGUGAGUGGACCAACAGCUACCAUUGGUGGAGGUACAGGCCAGUCAGUAACCGCCUCAAGCACUCAAACACAGACUACUACCGGCUCUCGUUUCAGAGUGGUCAAACUGGACACCAACUCUGAGCCCUUCCGCAAAGGAAGAUGGACGUGUACCGAAUAUUACGAGAAGGAGAUUCCACCUGCAGCACUAUCCGAGGCACCUAAAGCUGCAGAGUUUUCUGCGGAGACUGAGCCCGCUAAUGCGGGAGUAAGUCCAAUUCUUCCAGCUGUCCAGCCACCUCACACUCUGCAGCCUUAUCAGCUGCCGAGCCAGGAGUACACCAGUCUUCAUGCAAUGCAGAGCCCACCGCAAGCUUCGGCACAAACCCUUACCUAUGUGUCACCCCAGGAAGUAGUUGGUGGAGCUCACACUAAGAUGCUAGGGGCUCCUGGUACUCUCCCCACAACUGCACCACAAGUUGGUAUAAAGCAGCCCCCCUCCCUCAUGUCUCAACAGUUAGCCUAUGCUGUGGACCAGCACCAAGCUCAAGCCACGGGAGGUUGUGCUGCACCUCAGCUCGGUGGUCUGCAGCCAGACUUUAUCCAACCCACCGCUCCGUUCCAAACCCAGGUCCAGCCUCCACUAGCGCACGUGAGUGCAUCCAUUUCACCAGGGUCAGCAGUUACAGCAAAGCCACUGGGCAGCCUGGCACAGCAGUCAACCAAUCAAGGUCAUGUGGCUCCAUCUGCUAUCGAAACCUCCAACAUGGGCCAGUCGCCAUCUCAUCCACUACAACUGGCCUCCACUGCUACAGGUCCACCAGCGCAGGAGGCCCCUUACAUGCCUUUGACUGCACUUCAAGCUGACCUACAACCCCUUCUCACCCCAGGCACAGCGCUCUACCCAGCACCUCUGGCAGGAGGGAGCUCCCUAAAAGUAUCCCAACUGAAAGAUGCACAAAAGCUUCUGUUUCAGCACCAGGGCCUGCUAGGACUGCCCACGCUGGGUGUCGCUGGUGGUGGAGUGAUGGCUGCGGACGGCGGCGUCACUGCCAGAAGCCUGGCCCACAUAGGGAUGUCUGUGGAGGCCAGCGCCCUUGCAGCUGCUGCUGGUUUGCGGACUCAGCAGGCUGAAGGAGAGGAGGACAGCUCUUCGGGUGCAAGUGUCGUGGCCAUUGACAACAAGAUUGAGCAAGCGAUGGACCUGGUGAAGAGUCACCUGAUGUAUGCUGUGCGCGAGGAAGUGGAGGUGCUCAAGGAGCAAAUCAAGGAGCUGAUGGAGCGCAACACUCAACUGGAGCAAGAGAACAACCUGCUGAAGACCCUAGCCAGCCCGGAGCAGAUGGCUCAGUUUCAGGCCCAGGUCCAGACGGGUAGCUCCCCAACUGGCACGGCCCUGCAGCCUCAGGUGCCGGGCUCGGUCGGAAGUGCGCAAUCCCUCCCCUCUGCGCAGAACUCGGGCUCGUAGGCGUGAAGAGGAAGGAUCUCCAUACUGUGGCACCCCCGCCCCCAGCUAUGCCACCAUCUCGAGGAAUCCCCUUCAAUUUUUUGUUGCACAUUUAAUUUAUUCUGCCUUGUUUUGCAACUUUUACCUGAUUAGACAAUCACAGUUGUCAUGGUGAUGGAUGGGGGAGGGGGGCAAUGCACCAAGUUUGAAUUGAAGCCUGCAAGCAUUCAGUGUCGAACAUGUGCCAAUGUCAGCCCUCCACCGCUACCCAGCACAUUCCUUUUUUUUUUUUUUUUUCUCCACAUGCACAUGUCGCUGCUAACGUUGGAUGAACUAUAAUGGAGGACUUGCAACAAAACCCCUGCCCCCUGGGUUUGAGAAGCAGUCAUUUCCAGUCCUCUUGCUUCAGGUUAGGGGCAAGUCUAAGAGAAAAGAUGAACUGCAUUGAAUUCGGCACCUCACUUUUCACUUGGAGGGCUCGGUGUUCUUCUCCUGCGUCUCCACAUUGCCCUCUCCACCCUCAAGGCACCCUCCCCUGUUGGAAGAGAAGUUCAAUAUUUAUGCAGGGAAUCAAUGUUGUUUUUAUAGGGUAACCUGGAGAAUGGUUAGGAUUUUUUUUCUGUUCGCUCUUGUUGAUGUAAUUUAAUGUCCUAGUAAUGUAAACAAGAUAAAUAAUGGAGCGGAAAAGGAUACUCUUUGUAGGUUUGUACGGAUGAAAACAUUUCCAAUUCUGCAAAGUGCCUGGUUUCUAACCAUAGAUACAUAUAUAAUCUUCUGUUAUUUUAUUCCUGUAAAUAUAUUUGUGUGUGUGUGCGUGUAUAUCUAUAUACAUAUAGAUAUAUAGAUAUAUAUCUAUCUAUGGUUUACCAGGUUGUGAAGUACCUGUGAUGUCAGCACUCAGGAUGGAAACCGACGAGGUUUAGUUACCUCCAAGCUGAACACUGUCUCUCCUACUGUGACUGUAUCGUCACACUCAAAACGAUACAGACUGUUUUUGUUUGACAAUGUUUGUCACAUUGUUUUGUUGAGGCGAUCAGGAUAUUUUUCUUUUAUUUCUUUUUUUCUAAUUUAAGUCAUUUUGUUCAGCCAAGCAUCUGUGUUGCUGCACGCACACACAUACACACACUUGGCAGAUGGAAUGGCUGGUAGAAAGUAUGUCAAUGUUUUCUGCAUGUUCCACAGCCCAUCACAAAUGUGACGUUACAAUUUGCACUAGACAGUUGCACCUCAAAUAAAACUGAAAACAAAGAAAAA